UGCUCGCGACACGACAUACUGCGCAGGAGGACUUCUAACCAGGAAAGAAUACUUGAGUAGAUGUCGUCCGAAGUAUUUCGUGAAAUGAAGUUAAAAUGUAGUAAAUUCAAGCCAAAAUGAGCAAUUUGGUUAAACUAAUUGACGAUUAAAAGGGGAAGGUUAUGGAUUUAAAGCCGGUCGUCACAUAUUAUGGGGAAGAGAAUUUGUGUGUCAAACUUUCUCAAGAGAUUGAACGACGCCUUCCGAAAAAGCCUAUCGACUGGAAGAGAACAUACAGCAGGGCACUGAAAACUGUUUGUUUAAAGGCAACAUUUACGAAGUUUAAUUCAGAUCAACUAGAAGCAACCAAUGAUGGGACUGUCAGCAAACAACCAUUUCUUCAUCUGUACUGGACAUCAUGUAUGGAGAAUGAUGAAUUUAGAAAUGGAAUCAAGCAAAAAAUUAUAAACUGGCAGGAAAAUCUCAAAUCAAGAGAUAUAAAUGAUUGGCUUAUAAUCCAGGUUGUUACACAAGAUUCUCAAGCAACAAGAAGUAGAAUCACUCUCCCAAGAAGCAGUGUCUUUGACAAAAUCAAGAAUGAUCUGUGUGGCAAGGACAUAAAAAGGGUUGCCCAGCUAUGGCAGCCGGACAAGGAGGGCCUCUUUACAAAAUCAGGUGAAUCAUGGGAAGCAUUGCUGACACAACUUAGGCAGCUGCUAUUGGAUUCCCUUAGCAAGCAUGUUACUAAGUUUGAGGAAAAAGUACGGCAUUUACGUGAGAAGUACUCCGAACCAAGCUGGUCUUUCAUCGAGUAUCUCAAACUCAAUGAAGAGCUGGCCACCAUUUUGAAAAGUGUCACACUUCAUGAAGAGGCACUGGUACAGUAUGAUGAACUAGAUGCUCUGUUUUCACAAUUUGUCGUCAAUGGAAACAUAAAAGGGAUCCCUUCCUGGAUGGAGCAAUUUACAAAGCGACCAGACAGUUGGGAUGGAGUUUCAUUGCAAAAACAGGCUGUCAAAUAUUAUCGCGAUGCAGUUUACGAAGGCCGAGCAUCGCUAUUAGAACUUAGAAACUACAUUUUCAUUCGGCAGUGGCAAAUGCUUAUCAAAAUAAACAGAAGUUGGGAUGUCGCUCAUCGACUUCUGGAGUUUUUGUUUACGGUUGUUAAUGAAAUUAAAAUCCUGUUGCCCAAACUCUCGGCGAGUAUUCCUGCGUGCUGGGUUAUUUCAUCCUGUCUUGAAUACAUCAAAUUUGUCGAAGAGAAAGAGAUCACACAUCAAACUGUAAUGUCACAUUUGGCUCAAAUAUUUGACUAUGCAAGGGAAAAGCUUCUUUUUAUCGGCAAAGAAUGCAGUCUACUUCCUACUGGGCAACGUGAUGAUGCUAUGGUAAGAAAGCUUACUGAAGGUUUGUGCAAGAGUCAGGCUUCCAAGGAAGGUGUUGAUUUCGGUUCGAAAUCGCUGAUGACGUCAAUGAACUCACAAGAGAACUACGAUAAACUUUACCUACGAAUCUGUGGGAAAACAAAGACUUUGUACCAAAAUGUCCGAAGGUAUCGAUUCGCUAGCCGGGUUGGUGUUGAUAUUGCAAAUUUUUACAUGAUGAAAAAGAAAUAUGCAAGUGCUGAAAAGCAGCUAACAGUGGCUCUUCACGAAUACCGCCAGUCAAAAUGGACGAACUUAUCCAUAGACGUGUUGGAGCCGCUUGCCACUUGCCACAUUAAUUUGAAUUCAUUUGAUCGCUAUUUGUGUUCGCUGGCAUCAUUGUCUUGUGCUUGUACUUUGUCGGUGGAAAAACGGCUGAUGUAUGCCGAUAUGUUCUUAGGCAGCGUUCAUAACGAGGCAGACCAUUUUCACACGAUAAGUACCGAUCCAGUUAUUGGCUUAGAGCAAGUGCAAAUCGACUUGACCAAAGAGAUAGGCCAUAUCGGGGAAAUCAUUCGCGUAAACCUAACUUUGAGAAAUAAUUUACUGAAAGAGAUCACAAUAGACGAUAUAGAAAUCAGAAUGCAAUACACCGAGACCGACCAAGUUCGACUGUCAGAGGUUGACUCGGGUUUGAAUAUUUCAGAAAAAAAUGCAAACGAAAUGGGUUGGUCGGAAGUUUUUGAUCAAUCGGAUGAAGUUUCGAAUCCCAGCACACCUAAGUCUACUAUAUUCCAGAGAAUAAAAUCGAGAAGACACAAACAGAAGGAGGUCUUUGACAAUGCAAGUACCAAUGAUUUUGCAGAUAACGUAAUCGAGAGAGGAGCUUAUGUAACUCCGAACGAGGCAGAAAUGACGCUAAAUAGAGGUCCUUUGAAUAAAAUAUUUGACGAAAGGGGGUCAGCUGCAUCACUUGGCGAGUACCGGCCUAAAACUUUGGCGGAAAUUGCAAAACAGUUACCCCGCACAAUGAGCCUAGGAGAUGAGCUCUCUGGAGCUAAAUCAGAUAGCUCUGCAGAGCCGAUUGCAAUUCCAAACGGGGGGCUUGGCUGUCGUUGUGACUCUUCUGCUGGCUCGCUAUCACUUGUAUCUAUCUCCAGCGACAAGGAAGGUUCGUCUUUUGAGGGCCUUUCUGAAAAUUCUAAGCUUGAAGAAAGCCCGAGUUUAUUUUAUAGACGGAAAAUGGUAUCAUUUAUGAACGAGAAAGCCCGAAGUUCUUCCGCAGCAGAACUAGCAGCCAGCGAAGAGGAUCCCACUGGUCUUGAUACGAAUGAUCUUCGUAGUACUGUUGACGAUACGUUACCUAAUGGCGAGAUGGAACUUGAAACAGAGGCACUUUCAGAAGUUGUUGAGCCGGAUGCUAAUGAUGAAACAGAUCGAGGCAAAAUCGCAGAAAAUGACGAGGUAAAAUCAGACGACCGAAAUCUUCCACAAGCUGACAAUGAAUACGAAAUGGAGAAAAAAGUUGGUGGAAUGGUUGGCCUAGACCUAGGUUCAGUUUCAGAAGCCAGUGACUGUGGCGAAGAUGAAGCAUUGGAAAAUGGGCUUGUAAUGAAACCAAGCGAGAAAGACGAUGUUUUUGACGACGUAAUGGAAGAGGAUAUAGGCGUCAUGUCGGAAAUCGAAGAAGAAACUGAACCAGCAAAGUCGUUGAGAGCUGGAACCACGAAACUCGCCGUUGGUGAAAAUGUAGUAACUUUAACUGCAAAGGUGAUGCACGUUGGGCGCUAUCACUUGCAUACGUUGAAAUGCAAAAUUGGCAAUGUGAUACUGAUGAAGUUGAUGAAUUUGCCCCAGAAGUCAAGAGCUUUCUUCGUUAUAUCAGAUCCACCCAAAUUUUGUUGGACGUCAAAUCAUCUUUCGAGCUGUCUGUUGCUUGGCAACAAACAGAGAAUUCAUGUUACUCUAUCAAAUGGUCCUGGUUUUAUUCCUGCAUCGUCUGUCGUCCAGUUAUCGUCACCCACUGGUCUGGUGUUUAGUCAUGUGCCUCCAAGCUCUGUACUUGUAUACUGGCCAAACCAAAAGGACGACCCUAAAGAAGGUGCUAUGCAGAUCGAAGUGGAAAGUUCUAAAGCGAACGAGGCAAUAAUGUAUUUGCCGGAAUGUGGACCUUACAAAAUGGUUGAUUUGUAUUUCGAUGUUACAGCGCCUGUCGAGAAUGCUGAUUUGUUUGGUCAUAUGGCCAGACAUGAGGUAACCUUGAAUUGUCUCUGGUUAUCAGACUUAAUAGACGCAAAAAGCAAUCUUGAAAGCAUUUUUUACGAACCGUUUAGCUUCGAGCACGAUGCUUUUUUCAGCACAGCCGGGAACUUUGUUCGAACUGUUUUAAAGAACGUGAAUCAGCUGCAGAUUGACGUCAUCGAUCCAAUCCUCGAAUGCCUAAACGCAGAAUCAGUUACCUUCAGUCUUGUUCCAUGCGACAUUCAAAUGAAUAUAAAUGCAAACGAAGAAAUUAGCUUCAUUUGGAAAACAGACAAUAUUGGGAAUGAAACAGAAAAGCCUCCAAUUUUGAUAUGUCGAUUGAAGGUGAACUUUAAAACCGAGGAUCAAGAAGACAUGGGCGGGUUUAGUAAACAAUUUGAAGUCGCAAAUACCACGCCUAGUUUUGGGGUGACAACAAAAGUUGGGGCAGAUGAAGACGGCUUUUUGGUGAAGGGUAAACCCUAUCCUAUUGAAGUAACAAUCACAAAUAUUGGCAAGCUGUCGAGAAGCUACCACAACGGAAAGCUGUUUUGCAAAAUUGUUGACAACGAUCAAUGGAAAUUUAACGAUGACGUUGAAUGCCGAAAAUUUGAACUGCACGACAACGAUGAUUGCUUCUGUAGUUUUACUACUUCAGCAACACCAUAUAGAAGUGGACAGUUAAGGCAUCCUGAUAUUGUGUUAUCAAAAGUGCUAGAAAAUGCAGCUGCAGGUUCACCGGACAACGCCUGCCAUGUUAAAAAGCAUAGAGUUGGCUCCAGCGUGACAAAGGACAAGUUAUCUUCGAGCAGACGAACUUCGGCAAGCACAGCUGAUGAUGUAGCACAUUCAUUUCCAUCCGGAGAAGUUCUCUACACCAGUUGUGGCGUAUUUGUUAACGUGCGAUGUCCAACCAAACAGGAAACUACCGUGUAGACAAUAAAACAGACAAUUGGCAAGGGGAUUCGAAUAAUGGUGCAUUAAUCUAUAGCCGGCAUGGAGUUAGUUCAAUUUUCUUAAAUUUUAUAUUGUAGUUUAAAGCUGAUAGAGGUUUAGACUUUAUUUUGCUUGGUCAUCUUAGCCUGUAAUUUGCUGCCAGUGAGCCCGGUUGCAUUCAAGUUAUGAGUUCCAGUGCUUCAGAUUAUGAGUCCGGUUGUAUCAGAUUAUAAUCCAGUUGCAUCAGAUUAUGAGUCCGGUUGCAUCAGAUUGUGAGUCCGAUGGCAUCAGAUUUUGAGUCCGGUUGCAUCAGAUUAUGAAUUCAGUUGCAUCAGAUUGUGAGUCCGAUGGCAUCAGAUUUUGAGUCCAGUUGCAUCUCUUCGUGAGUCCCGUCGAAUCUACACAUCACCCAAGUUGCAAUCUGUAAAUGUCUUUGUUCAAAUACCCCAUAUACAAUUUUUUUUUGAAUCUGGCAGCGGUUAAUCGUUGUCUAGGUGGAGGCAUGCAUAUUGUCUCAAGGCAUUUCCAAGUUUAGAGGUUUAUUUUGAAAGCAAAAUGAAGGAAAUUGAUAGGCCAUCUGUGCAAUUACAUUCUUUUUCUGUUUUCUUUAUACUGUUCGCUCAAAAAUUUGCGUUCCUAAGGAAUUUUUCGGUUAAGGUUCCUUAGCAAUUUUUCGUGAUAAUGGAAUUUUGAGCUUUAACCAAAGAUAUAUUCAAGGCCUUUUGAAAUCUUUUAUUGUGUAGUUGCAGCCAUUUUCGGUACCAGACUCCUGGCAUCUCUCAUUCUUCUGAAAGCAUUUGAAAGUAAAGUAUUUGCUUUAAAAGAUUGUGAAAAGACUUUUUGUAAGAGAUUUUAUUAUUGUAGUUAAACUGCAAUAAAUGCUUGGUGUAUGCACUAUUUUGGGGAAAUUGGUUUUCCUUGUAAACCUAAUUGAAAUGAUUAUUUCGAUGUUUAACACCGAUGUUAGAUUAUUGAGAAUUAACUGAAAUUCGUAAUUAAGAUUGUUCGCUACUUUUCAUAGGUUUUGAAUGAAAAUUGCGGUUUGUU